UAUGGCUUCUUCUUCUUCUUCUUCUUCUUCUAUAACUUCAUUUGUUUUUCCAUUUCUCUUUCUUUUUCUUCUUCUUUCUCCUUCCUCUAACGCUGAUUCACUAAAAGCUUGUAACUUCGAUGGUAUUUACCAACUCGGCGACUCCAUCUCCGACACCGGAAAUCUCAUUCGAGAAAAUCCCAACACCCCUUUUUCUCAUCUUCCUUAUGGUCAAACAUUCUUCAACAGCACCCCAACAGGUCGUUGCUCCAAUGGCCUACUUAUCAUAGAUUACUUUGCUUUAGAUGCAAGACUUCCAUUGGUGAAUCCUUACCUUAACAAAGAUGCAUUGACAAGGCAUGGAAUCAACUUCGCAGUAGCUGGCUCUACUGCUUUGUCUUCUGAACUACUUUCGAAGAAGAAAAUCUCAUCUCUACUCACUAACUCUUCCCUCGACCUUCAACUUGAUUGGAUGUUCUCUCAUUUCAAUUCCAUUUGCUACGAUCAAAAAGAUUGCGACGAGAAGUUAAAGAAUGCUUUGUUCUUGGUGGGUGAAAUUGGUGCAAAUGAUUAUAAUUAUGCCUUGCUACAAGGAAAAACUAUUGAAGAGGUAAAAGAAAUGGUACCAGAAGUUGUUCAAGCCAUAAAGAAUGCAGUUGAGAGAGUGAUAAGCUACGGUGCUACUCGAGUUGUUGUUUCUGGAAACUUUCCAAUUGGAUGUUUUCCCAUCUCCCUCACUGUCUUCCAAACCAAUAAUACAACAGAUUACGACGAAUACGACGAAUAUCACUGUUUGAAAAGUUUGAAUGCGUUGGCGAGUUAUCACAAUGAUCAAAUAAAACAAGUUAUCGAAGUACUCAAGAAAGAAAAUCUACACACUGUUAUCGUAUACGGUGACUACUAUAACGCAUUUUUAUGGAUUCUACGUCGCGCUUCUAUGCUCGGGUUUGACAAUGGUUCUUUGCAAAAAUCAUGCUGUGGAAUUGGAGGAGAUUACAACUUUGAUUUGAAGAGAACUUGUGGAAAUAAUGGAGUAGGUGUUUGUCCAAACCCAGAUAAAGUUAUUAGUUGGGAUGGAGUUCAUUUGACUCAAAAGGCUUACAAAUACAUAGCAGAUUGGCUCAUCCUCAACAUCUCUCCAAAACUUAAUUGCACUCUUUAAUUUUGUUUAAUAAACAACUGGUUUUCCUUUUUUUUUCUUCUUUUUUGUAAUUAAUAAGGAACCUCUUAUGAAGUUUUUCAAUAAAGUGCAAGUGAGCAUAGUUGGCAUUCCAAUUAUGUGAGCGGAGAAAUAAUUGCAAAUGUAGUAAUUAGAUUCAAAAAUCCAAUUUGAAAUAUAUUAGU